AUGAACUUGAAAACAUUCAUGUUAGACAUGCUAACUACUACAGUGCUCUUAGCUGCUUGGUUAUCCGCCUCUGGAUUUGUCAAUGCUAAAGAUCUAGAUGUUCGUGCUUCUGAAAAAAUCGCAGAGAUAUUACCUCCUAUCGAGAUAUUUGGAAGUAAAUUCUUCAACACUCAAAACGGCGAGCAGUUUUUUAUUAAAGGCAUUGCCUAUCAACCUAGCAUGUCUUCAAUGGAAUUAAACACGGAUAUUGACGCAGAAAUUAGGUAUAUUGAUCCGCUUGCAUCUCCUGAAAUAUGCCUAAGAGAUAUACCACACCUUGUGAAACUUGGUGUGAAUACAAUUCGUGUUUAUUCAAUUGAUCCAACGCAGUCUCAUGAUGUUUGUAUGGAAGCUCUGGCUGAAAAUGGAAUAUAUACAUUGAUUGAUCUUUCUGAGCCAGACGUGUCUAUAUCAAGAGAUCAACCACACUGGAACGUAGAUCUUCUCCAGCGAUACAAAAAAGUGGUUGACUCUAUGCAUUCAUACUCCAAUGUUUUGGGCUUCUUUGCUGGCAAUGAAGUGACCAAUGAUAUAACAAAUACGGAUGCCUCUCCUUUUGUGAAGGCAGCCAUCCGAGACGUGAAAGACUAUAUAACAGAGAAAUCCUAUCGUACUAUACCUAUUGGAUAUUCGACCAAUGAUGACUUAGAAACGAGGGAGAAUUUAGCAAAUUAUUUUGUUUGCGAAGGUGAGGGCAUUGCUGACUUCUAUGGAAUUAAUAUGUACGAGUGGUGUGGUUAUUCAUCUUAUGGAACAAGCGGGUAUCGAGAAAGAACAGCUGAGUUCAAGAAUUAUCCCGUACCCGUAUUUUUUUCUGAGUUUGGAUGUAAUGCGGUAAGGCCAAGGCCGUUUACAGAGGUUGAAGCUCUAUACGGGCCCCAGAUGUCAGGCACAUGGUCCGGAGGUUUAGCAUACAUGUAUUUUGAAGAGGAAAAUGGCUACGGAGUAGUUAAAAUAACUAAUAAUAAUCAAGUGAAGGAGCUUGAAGACUUCAAGCACUUGGUGUCACAAUUUUCUCGAGUUAACCCGAAGGGCGUCACGAAAAAAGAUUACAUGGCUGUCAAAACGCGAAGCGACAAAUCGAAACAAUGCCCAUCAAUAACGUCGACUUGGAAAGCAUCAUGGGCAAUACCGAAAACUCCGGAUGUUACUAAAUGUGGAUGCUUGGAUGAAAUUCUGCCCUGUCUAGUUCGACGCCCUAAAUCACCUGCGAGAUACAAAGAAUUAUUUGAUUACGUUUGUGGGCAGGUAGAUUGUUCAGACAUUAAUAGUAACGGAACUAGUGGUGAGUACGGUGCAUUUUCUGAUUGCAGUACUUCUCAAAAGCUAUCUUUGGAAAUAAGCAAAUUAUAUCUACGAAGUGGUAACUCGGGAACAGAAUGUCCACUAUCCGAUAUCGAUGUGUAUUACAAUAAAAGAAGUCAGGAAAAGAGUAAAGGAAAGUGUGCACAAAUCGGUAAAAUAGUAGAGAUUUCUUCCCAUAGCAAAGGCACCGACGACGAUUUGCCAAAGCACCGAGGAAGAGCUUCCGACAGGCAUUCUUCCAGAGCUACCAUGCUAGUGUCGCCGCGACUUAUUCUCAUAACAGCUCUGAUAAUUGUCAACUCAUUUAUAUAUUCUUGA